UUCCGGGAGGGGGUGUCAUGGCGGUCUGUCUGCGGGCUGGGCCCGAGUUGGGGGAGAGAAUAGACCCCGGGGCGGCUUGGGGCCUUUUGUGGGAGAGACUGAGGGGGCUACACCGGAGUUUGAGGCCGCGGUGGGAGAAGCCAGAGCUACCAGACGGGUUUCUCCGGGUCCGAAGGGCGUCCCCCUCCCCCACUGCACCUUGUUCUUGCCCCCUGCAUCGGCGGGACUCGAGUUCCAGACACUUAGAGCAGAAAUCAUCUUCUUUUGACAUUAGAAGUUCCCAGUAGGGAAUCAACGCCGGGGUGAAAAGCCUAUCUGAGGACAAUGGAGGGCAGAUGGGUGCGCGUGGCAUGUCUGGGUUGUCAUUUACCCCGGUGUCAGCUUCCAAGCCCUGCUGCUUCUGGGACCUCAUCUGUCGCGGCGGCCUUUCUGGGCUGUUAGACCACACCAAAUCCUGCCUUAUGACCCGAUUUGUUUCGAGCAUAGGACUCUGGCCAGCCACUUCUGGGAGUUGCCUUUUCCCCCCCUUCCUCUCUCUGGAGUUGGAACCCAAGACCUCGCACUGGCUUGGAAAACGCUCCACCACUGAGCUACAUCCCUCGCCCCUUCUGCAAAAAUUUGUGCUGCGAAUAUGUCUCCACAUCAACACAAAACAACUUGGCUUGGUCUGUGUAUUUUAAACACGCCGUCUCUUGGCCACCCAGAUUUGGAAGUCAGAGGAGUACCAUGGCAGAGCAGGAUGUGGAGAACGAGCUCUUGGAUUACGAAGAAGAUGAAGAGCCCCAGGCUCCUCCAGAGAGUACUCCAGCUCCACCUAAGAAAGACGUCAAGGGGUCCUACGUCUCCAUCCAUAGCUCUGGCUUCCGAGACUUUUUGCUGAAGCCAGAACUCCUGAGGGCCAUAGUGGACUGUGGUUUUGAACACCCAUCCGAGGUCCAGCAUGAGUGUAUCCCCCAGGCCAUCCUGGGCAUGGACGUCCUGUGCCAGGCCAAGUCUGGGAUGGGCAAGACGGCUGUCUUCGUGCUGGCUACUCUGCAGCAGAUCGAGCCUGUUAACGGACAGGUGACAGUCCUGGUCAUGUGCCAUACGAGGGAGUUGGCCUUCCAAAUCAGCAAGGAGUAUGAGCGCUUCUCCAAAUACAUGCCCAGUGUCAAGGUGUCUGUGUUCUUUGGGGGCCUCUCCAUCAAGAAAGAUGAAGAAGUGUUGAAGAAGAAUUGUCCCCACGUAGUGGUGGGGACACCAGGCAGGAUCCUGGCCCUCGUGCGGAACAGGAGCCUCAACUUAAAAAACGUGAAGCACUUUGUGUUGGACGAGUGUGACAAGAUGCUGGAGCAGCUGGACAUGCGGCGGGAUGUGCAGGAGAUCUUCCGCCUAACGCCUCAUGAGAAGCAGUGCAUGAUGUUCAGUGCCACCCUGAGCAAGGAGAUCCGGCCAGUCUGCAGGAAGUUCAUGCAGGAUCCCAUGGAGGUGUUUGUGGACGACGAGACCAAGCUCACGCUACAUGGGCUGCAGCAGUACUAUGUCAAGCUCAAGGACAGCGAGAAGAACCGAAAGCUGUUUGACCUCCUGGAUGUGCUGGAGUUUAACCAGGUGGUGAUCUUCGUCAAAUCCGUGCAGCGCUGCAUGGCCCUGGCCCAGCUCCUUGUGGAGCAGAACUUCCCAGCCAUCGCCAUUCACCGGGGCAUGGCCCAGGAGGAGCGUCUGUCACGCUACCAGCAGUUCAAGGACUUCCAGCGGCGGAUCUUGGUGGCCACCAAUCUCUUUGGCCGAGGGAUGGAUAUUGAGCGCGUCAACAUCGUCUUCAACUAUGACAUGCCCGAGGACUCGGACACCUACCUCCACCGGGUGGCCCGCGCAGGUCGCUUUGGCACCAAAGGCCUGGCCAUCACUUUUGUGUCUGAUGAAAAUGAUGCCAAAAUUCUCAAUGAUGUCCAGGACCGGUUUGAAGUGAAUGUGGCUGAGCUUCCGGAAGAAAUCGAUAUCUCCACAUACAUCGAGCAGAGCCGGUAACCACGCGCCUUGAAGACCCAGCCGCCCUGCUUCCCACGUGCUGCUUCAUGUCCUCUUUCUAGGCAACAGAUGGGUGUCUCUUUUUACUGUUCAAAAGCUGUAGAUUUGUGUAAGAAUAAAUUUUUAUUAUGGAAGCCUGA